AAUGUCUGCUUUAUACUUGGGUGAAUUUUCAUACGCAAUGUUUCAAUUUUUUGGCUUCUGGCGGCCUGUUAAUUUGUUUCAAACUCACGAAAGUAUCGAGAAUUUGAUACAAAGUAUUUUCUACUGCUGCACUUUCCUUACGGCUCUAAUCAAACUCGCUCUAUUAUUUCGUACACGUCAAGUAUUUAUAGAAUCGAAUGAAAUGUUUUUAUCCGAAAUUUGUCAGCCUUUAGACGAUAAAGAAAUUGCGAUACUGCAAGAAUCUUCUCGCAUAGGACGGAAUGUUACAACACUUCCGCUACCAACUUGGUUACCAUAUUCUUUGGAUGAUUCAAAACUCGUAUUUUCUUUAUCAUAUUUGCAUCAAUCAAUUGGCAUUAUUAUGACAGUGACAAUUUCAGUUGCCAUGGAAAGUUUAGCACUGACAAUGUCUUUACAAAUUUGCGGACAAUUGGAAAUAAUUAUUCAUCGUUUAAAUUUAAUUCCUGAAUUGUGUGAAAAAAAUUAUGUGAAAUCAGAUUAUCGGGAAGCAGAACUCACUAAACGUUGCGUAAAACAUCAUCUUUUUGUCUAUUCAUUGGGAAAUAAUUUGAAUAAACAAUUUGGCCUUGUGAUUUUCACUCAAUUUUUCGCUUCAAUGAUCAACCUUUGCGCUAUAAUAUUCAGUUUAGCGAAAUUAAGCGUAACCAGUAGAACAUACUGGAUAAUGUUUUUUUCCGUCGGAAGUUACACAUUUCAAAUUUUUAUUUAUUGUUUUUACGGCGACAAAGUUAUGGAAAAGAGUUCAGAAAUAGGGACAGCAAUUUAUUUUCUAAACUGGUGUGGACUAACAAUAAGAACGAAGAAAAAUCUUAUAACGAUAAUGAUACGAUCGACGAGACCUAUUCAAUUAACAGGUGCAUCAUUUGUCACCAUGUCAAUUGAUACAUUCAUGAAAAUUAUAAAAUCGGCAUACUCAGCGUAUAAUCUUCUGAAAAGACAAUAAUUUACUUCCGAAAUGUUUUGAUUUCUUUAAAGUUAAAUUUUACAACGUUUAAGACUCUAAAAUUUACAUGCAAUGAAAUUAAAUUAAUUAAUAGAAU